AUGAAUAAUAAUAAUAGUAACAGUAUUAUCAAUUGUAACAGUAAUAGUAUUAAAACGAAUAAUUAUAUUUAUAGCCCUGGGAGGGAGCAAAGCUAUUUGCACGUAAAUAGUGGCACAAUGAAGAAUGAUCAAGUCAAUCAUAGCAACAUGAAAGAAGGACAAAAGGAAGGUCUAGCAGGUUUAAAUAUAAAUAAUAAAUACACAAAUAGUGAACGAGUAAAAAGAAACUAUCACAACGAUUUCAAGUACAACAAUAAUGAAGCAAGGAGUUUUCCUAAUGCAAACAUGAUAAAUUGGGGUUAUAAGAUGAAUGGGAAGAGGAAUAAUGAUAGGAAUAAAAAAGAAGAGGAAAAAGAAGAAAAAGGAUAUAUGAUACACCAAAUGAAUAAAGUGGCAUUGGCAAAUAACAGUUAUUUGGAAAAUUAUUUUUCGUCCUACUCAAAUAAGUAUACAGAUUGCAAUGCAAAUAAUUGUGAAUCGUAUAAAAGCAUGAACAGUCAUAACUCAGUUAACAAAGGAAGGGGAUAUUAUACUAUUUCCACUGCAGAAACAAAUGUUUAUGGUAAUGGUAAUAUUAGCUGUGAUAACAGUAAUAGCAAUAACUACAGUAAUAGCAAUAACUACAGUAAUAGCAAUAACUACAGUAAUAGCAAUAAUUAUAGUAAUAGCAGUAAUGACAGUAAUAGCAAUAACUACAGUAAUAGCAAUAACUACAGUAAUAGCUAUAAUCACAGUUACAGGAAUAAAAACAAUAAUGUCAGUAAUUCUGGUGAAGGUAAUUACUUACAUAAAAAUGAAGAACCCCAUUUAAAAACUAAUAAUAAAUCAAAGAAUUUGUAUAAACAAAAUAGCGUUAAUUAUGUUGAGAAUAACAUGAAUGUAUUUCCUAAAAAUAAUUUCAUCCAUAGCAUAAGUAACAGCAUGAGGGGGGAUAAUAACAUUAACACCCUGAACUAUCAUUCUUAUGGUAAAGUUAAAAAUUAUGCCUACAAAAAUGUACAUAAAAAUGUUAACUAUAACAAUCAUAGUAAUGUUUUGUCGUGUGUAAAUACAAGUACCAAAUUUAAUAGUAGUAGAUUCUUAAAAGGUCGUACAGGAGAAAAUGUAAAUCUCAUAAACGAUCAAAAUUCAUCGAAGACAUAUCAAUUUAAUGGAAAUACAAUGAGAGAUGGUGCUGGCGCAUACAUGUAUCGUUUUAUUUCUUCUCCUACCAUGGACAGAGGGAUGGAGGGAAAAGCGGACAGAAGAGGGGAGGGUCUCAUUGACAUUAGCACUGAUAGCGUCAUCGGUAGAAAUGCUAGUUGGAGCUGUCAUCUUACCAACAUGAACAAAACUUGUGUGCCAAAAUUUGCACGCCCUUAUAAGAGUAAUAGCAGAAAUUAUGAACAUGUAAGGAAAAAAAUCAAAUAUCACAAUAAUGUUCACGUAGUGGAGGAGCACAAAAUGGAGGAGAGCAAAAUGGAGGAGAGCAAAAUGGAGGAGCACAAAAUGGAGGAGAGCAAAAUGGAGGGGAGCAAAAUGGAGGAUCACAAAAUGGAGGAGCACAAAAUGGAGGAUCACAAAAUGGAGGAUCACAAAAUGGAGGAUCACAAAAUGGAGGAGAGAAAUAUAGAGGGAAGUAAAACGAAUGACAAGGUGAACCCGAUAGAUUAUAAUACAAAAACUAAUAAAAGUGUAAAUAAAAACCUGAUUAAAUUUGUCUUCUGCACCCACUGUAAUAAAAACGUUGAAAUGAAUAUGUUAGAAGAGCAUAACCAACAGCAGCACAUGAAAUGCCCAAUAGAUAAUUGCGGUCAUAUAUAUAAUAUAGACGAUCUUGAAUUUCAUUUACUAAAUCAUAUGAAGAAUGAUAAGAAUGAGAUUAUUUUAAAUGAUUCGAAAGAAAUAGAGAAAUGGAUAAGUGAAAGAAAAAAAAAUUAUCCUACAAAAAGGAAAAUUAUGAACAGUAAAAAUGAUAAAACAAUAAUAAUAAAAAAAAAAAGAAAGAAACCGAGUUGUUUAAUUGAAGAAUUAUUAUUUGAAAGAUAUUGUUCUGCAGUAGGAAGGAAUAUAUAUUAUAAAAGAGAGUCACAAAAAUCAAUCUUUAUCCCCUUACUAUCGAAAAUAGCAGAAAGCAAUUUUCAAAAUAUUUAUGAAAAUAAUUAUUACAGCAUUUCAAAUAAUAAAAAUGAAAAUAAAAGAUAUAAAAACAACAAUUUUGCAAAAAAACAACUUAUUGACACUUUGAAUAUUCAUAAAUCAUCACCUUUACUAUAUCAGUUAAUGAAAAAUGAUAUUUAUAUAUAUGAACAAAAAUUAAUGGCGUGUAUAGAAUACAUUACGGAAAAUAAAUUUUUCGACGAUAUUUUUGACGUGAAGGAGGACAUUAUUGAGCUCAAUUAA